CGUAGAGAUUUUGGGCCAUUAACUUCUAGGUUUAUUAGUGUUGUUUGUUGUUUAGUUUAUAGUACCUAUAAAAAAUGGAUGAGACAGGGGAAGAGACGCCGAUGAUAGCGUUUCGGACAAAUGGAUCAUCGCCAGAGUCAUAUAAUGAGUCCGAAAUAACACUAUCAUUAGAAUCUGUCAAAAGGAGACUACGGACUUAUGCAAGAUGGUCACCAGUUGAAGAAGGUGUUACUUUAGCGUGGGACAACCUUUCCAUAUAUGCAACAACAAAAAGUAAAGGAAGAAUAAGUCAUAAAAGGAUUAUUAAUGGAGUAACCGGAGCAGUAAAAGCAGGAAGUUUGGUAGCCAUAAUGGGGUCGAGCGGGGCCGGUAAAAGCACAUUAAUGUCAGCUUUAGCACAUCGAACACUAGGGAAUAUGCUAAUCGAAGGAACAAUUCUAAUAAAUGGUCGACAAAUAGGAAAUUACAUGAAAUUUCUCAGCGGCUUUAUGCAUCAGGAGGAUAUAUUCGUACCAUAUCUCACUGUCAGAGAACACAUGAAUAUAAUGGCUAACUUAAAACUUGACAGAAGAACUUCGGCAAAAGACAAAAGGCAACUAAUCAAUAACGUUUUGGGACAACUAGGUUUAAUAAAAUGCAUUGAUAGUAGAAUAGGAGGGAUAGACCAAGAUAAAGCAUUAUCUGGAGGAGAGAAAAAACGUUUAGCAUUUGCCACUGAGUUACUUACAGAUCCGCCCAUUUUAUUCUGUGACGAGCCCACCACUGGACUGGACUCGUAUUCUGCUCAAAAAUUGGUGACAAUGAUGAAUCGAAUGGCAGCGGCAGGAAAAACAAUUUUGUGCACAAUUCAUCAACCAUCUUCAGAUAUAUUCGCGAUGUUCAGUCAACUCAUUUUGGUGGCUGACGGCAGAAUUGCAUUUAUGGGUUCUAAUUACAGCGCUCUAGAAUUCUUUGAAAGAAUGGGAUACGUAUGUCCUAGUUCAUAUAGCCCAGCUGACUUUUAUAUAAAAACGUUAGCAAUGACUCCUGGAUACGAGGAUAAUAGCAGGCAAACAAUAAAACGAAUUUGUGACCAAUUUGCUGUUAGUGACUAUGCUAAAGAAGUCGAAAUCGUUGUACAAUAUGAGCUUCAUAUGGGAAAAGCAGUAGUGCCAAACAAAUUUGAACUUCGACAGGAUUUUCAACCAAUUAGGUGGCCAGUCAAAAUUUUCUGGUUAACACAACGAUGGUUUUUGGAGCUACUGAGAAAUCCUUCAUUAGAAAUAAUGAAACUCUUUCAAAGGCUUUUUAUCGGACUUAUCGUUGGAUUUUGUUAUUUAGGAACUGAUGCUUUAACCCAAAAUGGAGUACAAUCUAUUGAAGGAGUUAUUUUCAUGUUUGUGAGUGAGAAUACUUUCAAUCCAAUGUAUAGUGUAUUGGCCCAUUUUCCCAGCUACUUACCACUUUUUUUGAGAGAAUACAAAUCAGGGUUGUAUCAUCCAUUUACUUACUAUUUGUCCAGAAUACUAUCUUUGCUUCCAGGUUUUAUAUUGGAACCUGUUGUGUUUGUUCUCUCUGCAUAUUGGAUAUCAGGAUUGCGUCCAACUGGAUAUAUUUUUGCCGUGACUUCGUUUGUUAUCAUUCUUACAAUGAAUGUAUCAUCUGCUUGUGGUAUUAUGUUCUCAAAUGCUUUUGAAUCUGUACCAACUGCACUGGCGUAUUUGGUACCAUUCGAUUAUGUUCAUAUGAUCACCUCUGGUGUUUUCAUAAGACUGAGUACACUUCCAAAACUAUUGUCUUGGGUAAAAUACUUAUCCUGGUUGAUGUAUUCAACGGAAGCAUUGAAUAUUUUACAAUGGAACGGUGUUACAAAUAUCACGUGUGAAAAUCAACCGCAGGGAGUACCCUGUAUAAGAAAUGGAACGGAGAUCUUGGAAAGGUACAGCUUCUCGGAAAACAAUCUACCAACUGAUAUUUUUGGAAUGAUAAUUUUACUCUUCGGUUUUUAUAUUUUAGGAUAUUUCUUUCUUUGGAGAAAAGUUAGGCAUUAUUAAAAA